AUGAAGCGACAACGACGACCCGAUCACAAUAGACCUGGACAAGACCGGGAUUGGCGGCUGGACGAUAUUGAAGUAGGUCGUCCGCUUGGAAAAGGAGCUUUUGGACGAGUCUACUUGGCCAGAGACAAGAUGGAGCAGAUUCCCUUUGCUUUAAAAGUAGGUUCUGACUUUUUUAUGCUUUUUUUCGUAUCAAUUCGGUAGUUUAUAUUGUUUUAGGUUAUACAUUCAUGCUUUAUCGAGGUUAUGUUAGUUUUUCUACGUUUGCAGUGAUUGGUAUCGUUUUAGAUCAUAUUCAAAAGCAAAUUGAAAACAAAAAACAUGGAGGAGAACAUUAUUAGAGAAAUUGUCAACCAUACCCAUCUAGUGUAAGUUUUUCUACGUUUUUCUCAAAUUUUAGGUAAUAUCAUUGGUUUUAGUCUGUUUGAUUGGGAUGAAAAAGGUAUAUAGGUUAUUUUAGUAAUUUUAGUAGAUUUUCAUUUAAAUUUAAAAGUAAUUUGACUUUUAUUAUCUGAAAUAUGUUGUUUUUGUGAAAUAAAAUUUGAAAACGGAUAAUUUACAUUGUUUUUGAUAUAUAAAACAAUAUUUUUGUUUGACUUCAGUAAUUGUAAUAUUUUUUAGUCAUCCGAACAUAAUAAGAUUGUACAACUAUUUUUACGACGACACCAAGAUCUACAUUAUGUUAGAGUACGCAUUGAAUGGAGAAGUCUAUAAAGUUUUGGGUGAUUGUGGGCGAUUUGUUGAGGAAGAUGCAGCUAAAGUAAGCCUUACAGUUAUUAUUUUUGAAAGUUUAGGUUUUAAAUGUUUAAAAACAUUUACUUUUAGUAUAUUUAUCAAGUAGCAGAUGCGUUAGAAUAUUGUCAUCAAAAGAAAGUCAUUCAUCGAGACUUGAAGCCAGAGAACCUGCUCUUUGACGAUGAGUACAACAUCAAAUUAGCUGAUUUUGGAUGGUCAGUUCAUUCGACAAAGCAUAGGUAAGCAAAAACUUAUUUUUAUCACUAUUUUUGGUUAAUUUAGGUAACAUUUUAUUAUUUAAAUCGUCACCUUUUUUAAUUUACCAUUUAUUAUAUAUUAUCUAUCUUAUCAUCUUUUAAGCCUUAAGGUCGAAAAUUUAAGCACAUUUUGAUCAAAACCUAACUUUUUCAGAGAAACCUUUUGUGGUACGUUAGAUUACCUAGCUCCAGAGCUUGUGAACGCCGAAGCACAUUCGUUCUACGUUGACUACUGGUGUGUUGGAGUAUUGUUGUACGAGUUUCUGACUGGUGUUGCACCAUUCAUGGACAAGACUGAAGUUGGGACGUAUAAACGAAUCAAGACCGGUCUUUUCUCCAUACCUGAUCAUGUCAGUAAAGGUGCUACGAAUCUGCUUAAUGAGGUAUGUUGUUUUAGUUGAAUUAGUUAAAUUUGGCUUUGAUUUGAGGUAACAUGGCGUUGUGCGAUAUAAUAAUCUAUGUGUGGGUUAGUAGUUACAUUAUUUUGAGCAGGGGUUUGUUUGCAAGGAUUUUUGAGCGGGUUGGGGGUAGUUUUGUAUGUCUGAAAAGUUUUUUUUUUCAAUUAUAGUAUAAUCUUACGGGUUGGAGAUAUUACAUAUUGCAAUAUUGUUCUAUUCAUGACGUAUUGCAUCAAGUACAAGAUUGUUGUGAGCAAGUGUAACUAAAAGUAAUCUAAAGCCUCUUUCUUGCUACUACACUUUAAGAUUGACAUUGACUAUUUUACAGUUUUUAUUACUUUUUAAGGCUUUUCUUUUCUUACGUAACGUUUGGUAUGUUGUCCAGAGUGUUUGAUGUAUGCUUAUACUGUGCGGUAUAAUAAGAGUUAUUCUUUCUGGGGGGGGUGAAGACCCAAAAAAUUUUUUUUGGUCCACAGUAGCUAGCUACCUGUGGACCUAGAGGGGGGGAGUCACCCCGAACCACCCCUCCCCCUCCCCCCCCCCUCCCCCCAAACGACGUCUCUGUGUUAAAUGCAUGAUAUAUCGAAGUUUAUGUUCCAUGUUAUAAGAUUUGUUUUGCUUGUUUGUAACAUAUAUUAAGCUAGAAAGAAGGGUGAUAUAUCUUAAGUGGAGAUAAUAAAAGUUUAAAUUAUGGUUAUAGAGAGAAUGAAAAACAUGAAAUAUUGACAUAGAUGGAUAGAAAAAGUAAAAGUAGUGUUAUAGAGGUGAAGAACCAUGGAAAACAUUGUUAUAAUGUUGAAGAAAAAUGAAAAAUGCUGAUAUAAAGCACGAAAAAGAGGUAAAAUAUGAAGAUAUGUUGAAAGAAAAACUAUAAUUUAUGGGAGUUAUCUCUAGCUAUGAAUCAGGCAAACUUUAGGAUGGUUUUUCUUUUAGUGGAGAUAUUUUUAUAUUGUUAUUUAUGUUGAUUUAUCAAGUAUAUAAUUAAUGAUAUGAUUUCGAGGAAGUCUUUGGAGAGCAAAGGUUAGAUUUGAAACAUCUAUGUUAAUAUAAAGUUUUAAAUAUAGUUUGAGUUGAGUUUUGAAGUAAUUUUAAAUUUUUGAUGACUUUUUGUUGCUCAUGUCCAGUAUCUUUCUUUACUUUUGUAUCUUGUAGCUAGCUCCAAAUUUAUCCCCUCUCCUAGAAAAAAAUCCGCAAAGACCUCACUAGUUACUCCAAUGAACUACUGUAGCUUUACCAUUCGAAGAGAGCUCUUCUCUGACAUCACUGAAAUGACAUAUCUUGAUGUAGAAUAGCACUUCUUGGCCUUUUGCUGCUAUUUUUACAAAAAACGAAAUUAAAAAUGUCACAAAAAGUUGCUUAUUUUAAGAAAAAGUUCUAUUUUGGUCGAGAUGGAUGGGUUAAUUGAUGGUACUACUAUGAUAUUUCUUGGGAACUCAGCUUUUGGUCUUUGGGCUAGUUUUUAAGGUGGGCUACUUUUUAGGCUACUUUGGCCAAUUCGAAUAAAAAAUUUUUAAAAAUGUGUGAACUUUGACUAUUUUGUGGCCCCAAAACGUUAACUUUUAUUGUUAUGUGAAUUCCAGGACCUUUGAUGUAGUUUUAUUCGAAACGUUAUUGGACUUUUAUUAAACAGAGGUCAUCAACUUUUUGUUUUUGAUAUGUCUAGUCGAAUUCUCUGGAUUUUGUUUGGUACUCUUAGAAUUUUGUCUUUUUUGGUUUUUUGAGGGUUUAAAUCAUUGGUAUGAUGUUACAGUAAAAUUGGUAAAACAUUUGCUAUCUUGCAGUAGUUUGUAAAGUCAAAUCUCUUUAGUGUAACGCUCGAUAGUAUGGCACUCUUGUUAUUAUGAUAUCUUUUUGGCGGCUUUUGUUAUAUAUAGAACUUUUAUCAAAAAUUACCUGGGUAUUGUGACACUGUGAUUAUAAUGGCACUCUAAUGCAGUUUUUUUCAAAAAACUGAAAGGUAUAGGAGAGGGUAAAGCUUUUUAGGUUGGAGGUAGAAUCCUUGUGUUUGUCUUUUUGUUUUGGGAUGUUUUGACGAUGUUUUAGGUUCUAGUUGUGAUGUUAAUGAUGUUUUAUGUUCUAAUUGUCAUGUUGAUGGUGUUUUAGGUCCUAAAAGUGCAACCGGAAGAGCGUUUGGACCUGGUCGGAGUUAUGAGUCAUCCUUGGACCCAAUCACAUCUAAAGCAAGAUGUAAAUGCUAAUCAAAACAAGUAG